AUGACAGAUAGCAAUGCAAAAGAUCACUCUGUGAUGGAAAAUAGAGACGAUCACAAGGAAAAAGCAGAUAAUGUGGGCAAGCAAACGUUGAACGGAAACAAAAAUAAAGACAAAUUAUUAGCAUCCUCAAUACAAGGAAAACUUCGGCAGGAAUCUCCAUUACCAGAUCAAACUUGCAUAUAUAGAGUCCCUCAUAAACUGUUUAGGCACAACGAAGAGGAUUUCGUCCCAAGUUUGGUUUCAAUUGGGCCGUAUCAUCAUGGAGAAAAGAAGUUGCAGGCCAUGGAAGAAAUGAAGCUGUGGUACUUGCAUGGCCACAUUGAACGGAAACAAAAUCAGAACACCCGUUUGGAGACGUUCGUGGCAACAAUUAGGAGUAUGGAACAAUUUUGUCGUGAUUGCUACGACGAAAAGUUUGAUAAUCUGAGCAGUGAUAGAUUUGUAGAAAUGAUGGUGGUUGAUGGUUGCUUUAUUAUUGAACUUUUCCGCAGACACAAUUUGGGGUACCGGCACCACGAUCCAAUUUUAAAAACGCCAUGGAUGUUGUCGACAAUUAGAGAUGACUUGUUGCUACUUGAAAACCAACUUCCUUGGAAAGUUGCUGCCUGUUUAUUUGAACUCACAGAGGAAGAAAACGAAGCUCUUCGGUACCUUGCUGCGCGGUUCUUUGGAAACGUAUUCCGCAUCUCAAUGCCAGUGGAAAACAUAUCGAGUGAAAGACAUUUACUCGACAUCGCAAGAGGUGCUGCCCUUGGACCGGUGGAUCCUCGUAAUCGUCGUAAUUUUUAUCACCCGAUUCCCUCAGUGACAGAGCUUCUGGAAAUCGGAGUGAAUUUUGAACGUAGAGAAUCCACGCAAACUGAAAUCGGAGUGGAUGUUGAACGUAGAGAAUCCACGCAAACUGAUCAUCUGCUUGGCAUUACCUUCGAAACUGGGUUGAUGAGAAUCCCUCCACUGUGUAUUGGAGAGAAUGGAGAACGUUUCGUAAGAAACCUCAUAGCCUAUGAACUGUGUGCCCUAAAGCACACAAAUUAUUACGUUACCUCUUAUGCAAAGUUGUUCAGUUGCCUUAUUAAGUCUACCAAAGAUGCCGAAUUUAUGAUGGCGAAAGGAAUUAUAGAAACGCAGUUGAGCAAGGAGGACAUGGCCUGUUUCUUCACUAGGGUUUGCAAGGACAUUGAAAUUGAAGACGACUUGCUCUACUUCGGUGACCUCACCUGUUCUGUGGAAAUGUAUUGUAAGCGUCGCUGGCUAAGGAGUUGGCUCACAAUGAUCAAACGAGAUUAUUUAUACAAUCCAUCAUCAAUCUGGUCUGUUUCCAGUGGGGUCGUCGUUAUUCUCAUUCUUACCAUCACACAGACAAUUUAUACUGUUCUCUCCUACUACAAGUAA